CUAUAGUUCAUGGUUAUUAGAUAAUGAAAAUUGUGCGAAAUUAUUAAUAUAUUGCAAUUUGGUGUUGAUUGUUCUUCCCUUUUCCCCCUUCCCUUCCCCUGUAUAUUAACAAUUAGCAGUACAGUGGAUGGUCAUAUGGUUGAAGAAAAAAAAAAUGUAUGUUGAAAUUUAAAGGGUGACAAUCAAUGACGACGAAUUGAUUCGUAUGCAAACGGUGAUGCUUCCAAAUGAGGUCCUGUUAUUGAUGAGAUAUUCGUCUGAUGUGAAAGACGUGGCGAGUGCAGUUUCGACCAUACCCUCAACAGAGAAUGUACUGUCUACAAUGGCUGAUUCCGGUGCUGCUGAUACCGAAACCUGUCAAUCCCGCGUUGCUGCAAACACAUGUCAUGUUUAUGGCGCUCUACUUGAUCGGGUUCUUCCUGGAACGUAAGCCCUGCACUAUUUGCAGUCUUGUGUUCCUCGCCGCUGUCUUCCUCAUUUGUUACAGCGGUAUAGGCAAUUGUCUGCUAUGGAGCACAAAUUGCGACACAGUAAGAUGUGACAAUGGCUAAGGUCGCACUUUAUUUAUUAUAGAAAAUUAUUGCCACUCCUUUUUGUUGAUUUUCAUUCAUGCUUCUAAUUUCUUCCUGUAGCAGGAUAUUUCAAAGUAAUUCUUUAAGUUGUUAGCACAUGUUUUAUCUGCAGUGUGAUGAUAGGUAGAUAGCAUUUAAGUUUUCUGAAUGUACAACUGAUUAUUAAAAUUUUGUUCAUAUGAUAAUAUCAUUGUCGAAUUUGAAUAUAUUGAAUGCAUAUAUAUAUAUGCUUUAAAUUUUGAGAUUUUAAAUAACGAGAGUGUAACAAGAUACAAUUUGAUGAUAUUUGUACAUAUAUUCUAGAGCUGUCACAAUAGUUAACAAAAGCAAAGUAAAUUUCAAAUUCUAAUGUAAACUACUUUUACUUGUCACAUAUACAAAAAAAUAGAAGUUUUAUGUUUAUUGCUAAUAUACUAAUUAAUGAGAAAGGAGAUAAUGCAGCCAAUAAUAUAUUCUUUUCAUAUUUAUUUCUAGCUUUUAAAUGCAAUUCUAAUUUGUUCUUUUUUUUGUACAAUAAUGAUGUAAUAUAAGAUUACUUUGUUGAAAGAGAAUAUAAAAAUUUUAGACUUUUCUUUAUUAUAUAUACUUUAAAAGAAACGCCAAUUAUUACAUAACAUUGCAAUUUUCUUUGUUAAAGUCAUUUGCUUUGAGUAAUAUAUAAAAUGCUAAUUAAUGUUUAUAUUAUAUCAUAAAUGUAAUUAUAACAUUGUUAAAUAUUUCAAUUCAAAAUAAUGUGCUUUUAUCAAAGUAGCACAAAUAUAAUGUACAAAAAUCAUUAAAAUUGAAGAUAAUAUAAUUUAAUUAAUUUUAAAAAGAUCUUGGUGACAAAUUAUUUAUACACAAAAAGAGAGAAAACUUUGAUUGUGCGAUUUAUAUUAAUCAACUUUGGAACAUAAUAAAAAUGAUAAGACUUUUAUUGAGCGAUGAUUAUAUAAUUUAGGAGCCCUAGUUUUUAAAUAAUUUAUCAAAUAUAAUUUAGUUGCAGUAGACUAAAAACUCGCAUUGAAUGCUUUAUGUUGCCAGGAAUAUAAGAUAUUAUUUAGCAAAAGAAAAGCUUGCAAGAUUAUUUAAAUAUUUCAAAAAGAGAUCUAAGUGAUAUUAACUCUGUGCUAUAAUUUAUUAUUCUACAAUAACUUACUGGGUAUCUAUGAAUAAUAAUAAAUUCAGUAUAAGUAAUUUAGUAUAGUACUAUGUUACUAAUGUAAAUACUGAGUGUCAUGGGUAACAAAAAAAAAUAUUGUUGCUAUAAUAACUUAAUGAAUACAAUUGAAAAUUUAAUUAAAAAUCAGUAAAUAAAUCUUUUAUAUCUAUCUUUAUAUGCUUAUAUGUGAAAAUCUUAUGUCUAUCCUGUAAACUUAUAUUGACAAGUAAUACUUUGACAUAAAGCAAAGAACUUUGCCCUUCACAGAGGAUUACAAAAACUGUUUUAGGAAUAUUUAUUUAAAUCUUAAUAUAAGUUAUAAUUAUGUGUGUGUGUAUGUGCGUGAACAACAAUAAGUUGAGCUAUAUAAAAAUCAUUUAUGUUCUUUGCUGUAUAAGCACAAAUGUAGAAAAAUCUGUGAUGAUUUUAAUUGAAAAUUUUGAUUUACUAGAUAUAAACAUAAUAAAUAUAUUUACUUAUUAAUGUUAUGUAUACAACAGGUCUAAUUUCCAAAUAUGUAAGUUUGCUAUAAUACUAUACUGUAAUCUUUGCUUCCAUAUAAAAUAUAUAGAUAAAUAUAUAAAAAUUUUAUAAAAAAUAUUAUGUGUUUCCUUUACAAACUAUUCAAAGAAUUUUGUAGUUUAUUACAUAUUGAUGUAAUAAAAAAACUAUGAAAAAAUA